AUGAAGGCUCUUAUUCUUGUCGGAGGGUUUGGUACCCGUCUGCGCCCGUUGACUCUGACGCUCCCCAAGCCUCUCGUCGAGUUCGGAAACCGGCCGAUGAUCCUGCACCAGAUCGAAAGCCUGGCGGCCGCGGGCGUGACGGAUAUUGUGUUGGCGGUCAACUACCGACCGGAUAUUAUGGUCUCGACGUUGAAGAAGUACGAGGAGCAAUACAAUGUCAAGAUCGAUUUCUCGGUCGAGUCCGAGCCCCUCGGGACGGCAGGCCCCCUGAAGCUGGCAGAGAAGGUCCUGGGCAAGGAUGACUCGCCGUUCUUUGUUCUGAACUCGGAUGUCAUCUGCGACUACCCGUUCAAGGAGCUGGCCGAGUUCCACCGGCGCCACGGGCAAGAGGGCACCAUUGUGGUGACCAAGGUGGACGAGCCAUCCAAGUACGGCGUGGUCGUGCACAAGCCCAACCACCCCUCACGCAUCGACCGCUUCGUGGAGAAGCCCGUCGAGUUUGUGGGCAACCGCAUCAACGCCGGUAUCUACAUCCUCAACCCUAGUGUGCUGGACCGCAUUGAGCUGCGCCCCACCUCGAUCGAGCAGGAGACUUUCCCGGCCAUCUGCAAGGACGGCCAACUACACUCCUUUGACCUCGAGGGCUUCUGGAUGGAUGUCGGCCAGCCCAAGGACUUCCUGACCGGCACCUGCCUCUACCUGACCUCACUCGCCAAGCGCAACUCCAAGCUGCUCGCCGCCAACUCGGAGCCCUUUGUCUACGGUGGCAACGUCAUGGUCGACCCCUCCGCCAAGAUUGGCAAGAACUGUCGCAUUGGCCCGAACGUGGUCAUCGGGCCCAACGUGGUCAUUGGUGACGGCGUCCGCCUGCAGCGCUCGGUGCUCCUGGAGAACAGCAAGGUCAAGGACCACGCCUGGGUCAAGUCCACCAUCGUCGGCUGGAACAGCUCUGUCGGAAAGUGGGCGCGUCUCGAGAACGUCACCGUCCUUGGCGACGAUGUCACCAUUGCUGACGAGGUUUAUGUCAACGGAGGAUCCAUUUUGCCUCACAAGAGCAUCAAGCAAAACAUUGAUGUCCCCGCGAUUAUCAUGUAA